CAUGUGACGUCACCGCCACCACAAGUACACGCCCCCCUCGAGAAAGUACAGAAUGUACACAAGCUCUGCAGGCUGCUGACAGAGGAGGCUUUCUGCUGUGAAACACUCACUGUUAACCCACCAAACAGCGACGUGACCAUUAAAUACUGAACCAGAGUGAGGAGCUCGGACUGAGUCAGGACCAUGCUGCUGCUGUGAGCUGAGCCCCACCACACCGAGAGCAACAACAAGGAGAAGCUGCCGCAUAUUUAAGCCUUAUUUAUCCAAAGCUCAGGCACUCUGUACAGAAAGAUGGCGGCUUCCCUGCUGAGGAUAGGACGACUGGGCUGUCUGAAGUGUUUGCAGGCGGAGAGCUGGACUGCUCUGAGGAGAGCUCCUGCAGCUGCAGCCUUCAGCUCAAAAUCAGGAGGAUCCAAGAAGUCGAAAAAGACCUCAGACUCGGCUCAAACGUACUUCGAUAUAGAGAAACUUGUCCAGCACAAGACAGUUGACCCUGCCAAGAACGUGUCUGUGGCAGCAGCUGCAGCAGCAGCAGAGGCUGCAGUUAAACCAGUGGCAGAACCUGCAGCUGCUGCACCUGAGGCUGUGGCAGAGGCCGCUGCUCCAGCAGCUGAAGCCACACCCGUAGCUGAGGCCCCCCCAGCUGUCGAAGCCGUCGCUGAAGCCGCACCUGCUGUUGAAGCGGUAGCCGAAGCUGCACCUGUGGUAGAAGCCGUAGCUGAAGCUGCACCUGCAGUAGAAGCCGUCGCUGAAGCCGCGCCUGUGGUAGAAGCCGUCGCUGAAGCCGCGCCUGUGGUAGAAGCCGUCGCUGAAGCGGUAGCCGAAGCCGCACCUGCGGUUGAAGCUGUGGCUGAAGCUGCACCUGCGGUUGAAGCCGUAGCUGAAGCUGUCGCUGAAGCUGCACCCGUGGUCGAAGCUGUGGCUGAAGCUGCACCUGCGGUUGAAGCCGUAGCUGAAGCUGUAGCUGAAGCCGUCGCUGAAGCUGCACCUGUGGUCGAAGCUGUGGCUGAGGCGGUUGUUGAAGCUGCACCCCUGGUUGAGGCUGUCGCUGAAGUAGUUGCCGACGCUGGACCCGUGGCUGAAGUUGUUGCUGAAGCUGCGGCAGCAGUAGCUGAAGCUGCAGCAGAAGCCGCUGCCCCAGCUGCCGACGCUCCAGUUGAAGCAGCACCGGCCCCUGAAGAGGCUGCAGCAGAACCUCCUGUUGAAGUGGCUGCAGAGGCCGCACCAGCUGCUGAAGCGGAACCAGUUGUAGAAGCAGCCCCAGAGCCUGCGGCUGAAGCUGCCCCUGUAGAAGCGGCUGCUGAGCCUGCGGCUGAAGUUUCUGCCCCUGUGGAGAGCGCCGAGGAGCUGGUGGACACCGCUCCGGUCGUAGCUGAAGCUGCAGCAGAGGAGCCGCUGCCGGACGCCCCAGCUGAACCAGUCGAACCGUCUGAGGCUGCACUGGACCCGAUUCAGAAGCUCUUCCUGGACUCCAUACGGGAGUACUCCACAAAAAGCCAGGAUGUUGGGGGUCUCGUCGAUGCAGGUUCAGAGUAUGAGAAGGCUUUAGCAGAGGAGAUCACAAAGCUCCAGAGACUGUACGGUGGUGGAGACCUCACAGCUUUCCCAGAGUUUAAAUUCACAGAGCCCAAGUUUGAGGAAGUCUCCCAGAAGUGAACCUCUGCACUUUGCAUCUGAACUUUUCUACUGUCGCCUUCUCUCCUGUACAUCUGUGCUGCUCCAUCGUGUUACUAACCGUCUGCUUCGUGUCAAACAACCCGCCUCCAGAUUAGCGUGUGAGAAUAGAGCCAGUUUCAAUAGAUAGAUCUUUUUAUGGGAAUGUCGGCUAAAGCAGUAGAUGUACAUGUCUGGCAGACAAAGUGAACUUUGAGCUGUGAAACGAGCUUUGUGCAGACGGAUCUGUGGCUGCUGAGCUGAAUGUAGAAGGAAAAAAACCCAAUAAAUUCCACUUCAUAUC